GUCACAUGAUAAACAAAUAUCGUUGCAGGACCUUGGCAAGGUGCCCUGAAGGUGUUUGGUCUAUGAAUGAAUAUUUAAUGAUGUCAUAGACAACUCCAUGAUGGCACUGAAAACUAAAACCCAUCUAUCCAGCACGCUGCCACAUGUUUUGAGGGAAUAUGUGCCGGAAUAUGAACCUAAACAGACAUCUCCUGCCAAAAGUUUGACACUGUCCAGACUUGAGUCACCAUCAAAAUCUGACCAGUCUGAGGGUCAGCAAUCGAGCCGAGAUUUGACCAGGCAGCAGUCACGUCGUACCAAUGACCAGACAAAGACGGCCAGCCCAUCACCCAGCCAUUAUCAUGGACAUAAAAAGAAACAGAUGAGUGAUAAUCAGCGCCAUGAACAUCUGUCAGAAAAAUGGGAUUUGGCCAAGAGUGAGGUACGACACGACCAAUACGAACAACUCCUUGAGAAGUUAUCACUCCAAAAACAGCUUAUACAGAAACAAGAUCUGUACGCCCAGCAGAGGAGAGAGGAAGCCGAUCGACUACAGUUACAGAAAAGAGAAAGCGAAAAAGCCAAGAAAAAUGCUCGGGAAGCAGCUCUUGAGAAGAAGUGUAAAGAAUCAUUGGAGGAAGACAAAAAGGCUGUCCUUUUGGAAAAGAAAAAGAAUGCCAAAUUGGCUUCCAACAGUGACCAACCUGGAAAUGGAAAUGAUUUCAGCAAGGCAACGGGUGCUGGGAAGUCCGGGGGAUUCCAGGCAACGCUACCCCCGAUGUCUAGAACUCCCUCCAACUUAAAUACAAAGGAGGCCAAGAAGAAUUGGCAGCAGCCAAGCAAGGAGGAGUUACAAUGGUAUCAGAGUCAACUAUACGAUAUGUUCGGAGAAGAUGCAGACACCUUCCUGCAUCCGAAAAUGGAACAGCAAGUCAAGGUUAACCCGGCUCUUGCCAAACAGGGAGGAUCAACCCAGAAAAUGGACCAAAUUAUGGAGGAUUUAUCUUUUGAAGGCUUAGGAAGGAUUGGGGCUGCUAAACUGUGGGAAACUCUACGGAAAGAGUCAAUAAUGCGCUUGCUGCGUGAAGACGCCAACAUUCCCAAAGAGCUAAAGGAAACUUACAGUGCCUUUGUUCGUCAAAGCCUCGGAAGCCAGCGUCGGAUCGUACGCAGAAACUUCUUUGCUGAAGAUGAUCGAAGGAAAAGGAGGGUGAGAGUCCCAGAGUUGGCGAGACUCCAGGAUGAGUCGAUGCUCACUGGUGUUCGGCAUAACAAACACAAAAUGGACUUGAUGUAUCGAGCCUCUAUCAGCAACAUGGACCGUACACGGAUCCUUAGCCAUAACAACCCUCUUCCAAACCUCGCGGAAGGGGAAGAUAACUCAGUCGGCCGAUAUCUACCAUCGUGGCUAGAUAUUAGUGAUGAUGACUCUAUCCCAGAAUACACCAAGUGGCUACAGAAUAAACGGCAAACAGCAACGCCGCGGGUCGACAGUAGCAAACAGAAGGACCCUUGGUCACGAGAGGAACUUGACGAUGAAUUGAUCCUUCUAAUGUCUAGAAAACAAAAGCCCAGCCCCAGGCCAAAGUAUAUCUUUAUGACAGAAAAAGAUUCUAGGGUCAAAGGUCAAUUUGCGGACAAGUUUAAGGAAGAUCGGGAAUAUAAGGAUAUUCCACGUCCCUAUGCAGGCGGACAUCCAGACUUGAAGUCCAAGUCAGUAAUGGGGCAUGUCGGAGACCUCCGUCACCUCCAGUAAACGAGCAGAAUCAGCACCUUUACCUCAGAAGUUUGUGAAUAACUAUGAGUCUUAUACAACACCCUGGGAACCCCUGAGUAUGAACGCCUUGAUGGAAUAUAAAGAACGACUGGAAACUGAGGGGGAAGGAGAUUUCAACAUGGGUCGUGCCAAGGUGUGGAAAACAGAGUUAAAGGUCUCAUAAAUAUCACCUAUCAGUUUCCUGAAAUAACAUGUGACUGCCAAAUUUGAUUCAUUGAUGUCAUCGACAUGCAAUGCUUUGUUAGGAAGUAUUUUGUAUUGUAUGAAAGGACAAUUAGUUCACUGGUGGUCGUGGAGUGUUAAAACCUUUGACUUGAUUAAACUAUAAGGAAGAAAAACAUAAUUACCAUAUUUGAUGUAAUAAACGCCCCUGCCCCAGAUUUUUUCAACAAAAGAGGAAGUUUGCGCUUGUUGAUACAUACAUUUAUAAACUUUCCUUAUCUCACAAAUCUGCUAACAUUAUCUCCAGUCUUUAAACCUAAGGCUCUGGAUUGUUUUGCUACAUAAAAAUAGGCCCUAUAUGAAAACAAAUUAUUAUAACUUUCCACCCAGAUUUCUCAAGGAAGUGUUUCCCUGUUCAUGGUUUUGUUAAGCUUACUCCUGUUGUGUUUUUGUAAAAGCACAGUGGGCUUAUUUGGUCAAAUAUGGUAUUUAGCAACUGAAGAUUCGCUCAAUUAAAUCAAAACAUGAUUUUCACAGGAGAAAGGUCAAUUUGUCAAUAAACUCAAAUUAUGUACUUUUUGUUUGUCAUAUGUUCGUGGAUACAAAAUAUGUGAUUAUUUUGUUGCAUUCCAAACAUAUUUUUAUUAAUUCAAUUUACUUGUGCAUGUGAUCCAAGGGCCAUGACUCCUUGCUGUACUUGUCAUUCUACUCUGCAAAACAAAAAUGAUGAAUUGUAUCUGAUUUAAAUUGAUGAUAAAAAAUGUCAUGAUAUUUGAGUUUUGAUGAAUUUCUUCAAAUUAUAAAUUCAAUAGAAGCAUUAACAAGAAAUAAUGAUAUAUUUUAAACUUUUGAAAAAUUUUGAUAUCUAUUUAAACUAUGUUGUGAGUAUUAAAAAUAGUGCUUUAAGAAAUAUAAAAUGCAAAUGAAGAACUAUCUACAGUAUAUAUUUUUAGUUUUAGCCAAAAAAAGAGAUUCUUAAUGAGUCAUUUGUAUAUUGUAUCUAUAUAUUUGAUUGAUUGAUGGGGCUUAACGUCCUUGUUCCAGUUGUAACCGAGACUAGGACACAAUAUCUAUGUGUUGUUGGUGUGUGUACUUUUAAAGUGCUCUAUUUUUCCUAAUGCAAUUUUCUCUUAAACCGAACAACUUAUAUAAUGUGUUUGAUACAUUUAAUUAUAUAUAUUAUUUGAUAUACAGAAACCAAAGACCAAAAAUCAAUAUGCAUUACAAUUUUGGUUGUGCUUCAAUAUAUGUAUUUGUAAGUAUAAACUACAUAAGAAACAUUUAUUGCCUUUGUAAGAGUUUAACCAUCUCUGCAUGUCCCCCUAGAAAUUCACUUGGUUCUAUGUUUAGCCAUUUAGAUAGUAAAUGUUAUUUGUAUUUGCACAGUAUCAUAGUAAUUUGAAAUGAUUAUAGUCAAAAUUGAUGUCAGUUUUUUUUUUAGAUUUUAUUAUUAUUUUUUAAUUGUUUGUUUGUUGAAUUAUUGUUGUUAUGACGAUUAUCCUAUUUAUAAAAAAAAUUGUUUUAUAAAUAUUCAUAUACUUUAAAUGUUUGUGAUUUUAUAGCAUUUCUGUGAUAAUAGAAUUUUGAGGUUACAUUUCAAUAAAUGAAAACUGAUUACAAGUAUAUGUUUUUUUUAAUCAGAUUUCGUCUGUUUCUUUAACAUUUUAGAAAAAGGCCAUGUCAGAAAAUAAUAAUUAUCAUAAAGAUGUUUAGAAAUCUGAUUUUAUAAAAUUCUACAAAGUAGUUGAAAAAGGCCGUAUUAAGAUUUUUGAUUAUAUUAUAUGAUCUCUAUUAAUUGACUUGUAUUAGAUAUUUGUUGACAAUAAAAAAAAUAAACAUUUUUGUGUUUUUAUAUUAAAAGGUAUUCUAUCCUCAAAAUAUUUUUGAAUAUUUCUUGCCUUUUCAAUUAAGCUAUUUUAUUUCGGACAUUUAUGUGGUGAAAUAUUUUCAGUAUCUUUAUAGAAAAAAAUUCAAUGAAUUGUAUAUUACCGGGUAGAAGUUUUUGGUAAACCUGUUUUGAAAUUUGUUUUGAUAGCUGCAUGUACUUAGUUUAAACUUCAUAUACAUUUUGUACAUAUAUUCACAUUUUGUGCUCUAUUUUAUAACUAUCUUGUUUCAAGAAAAGUUAACUUGUUAUUUUUAUGUAAAAUCGAAUGUGAACAACUACAGCAACAUUGAGUUACAAUGUCUAGUACAGCCUCUUGUAUUCUGACAAAACUGUUUAUAAAUUUAUAAUUUUAACGAUGAAAAUCAAAACAAGAAAAUUAAGAUAUCAAAAGUUGAAAAUUCAGAGGAAAAAUUUAAAAGAAUACAUGACAGUUACACAAAUUUCCUCAUACAUGUAUUUAAUUAUGUAUAGACUGUAAAAUACAUUUUUUUCAUUUUAUAAAAUAAAGAAAUUUUUAUCUUCGUUAACCCAUAAAUAUCACCUAGCCUCACCAAUAGCAUUAAGUACAGAAAAUACAUUCUUUAGAUUUGUCAUUAAUAUUAAAGAAAAAAUAAUUUGAUGACUUAUGGAAUCAUCAUUAUCGCCUAUUUAAUAAUAACUUUGAUGAAUUAUCAUUAUAUCGUCUAUUUUGUGUAUAUCAUUGUAAAUUUUAAAGUUGAAACGCACAUCUAUUUAUCAUCGAUUCCGUCCAUUCGACAAGUAAGAGAUUACAAUAUGUCGCACGACUUCCAGAGUCGUGACCAAACUGAUUAUUUGGUGCUAUGGGUAUAACCAUAGUAUGAUAUACAAGAUGUAUAUAGAAUUGUUUGUAGUACAGAGAAUGUACACACAUGUAGUUGGGACAAAAAUGUAUAAAUUAUCUUUUCUGAUGAAAUUUAUGUACUGAUGAAUUUCACUUUCAUAUUUUCAAUUGAAUAUAUGUAUGAAAUAAAUUAUUUUUACUGAAGAUU